UGUGUGUGAUACAGCAGAUAAGACAAAUAGAUUGGGGUUUUAUGUUGGAGGCUCCUCCCAGCAAUGAAGGUGGCACAGCUGGGGUGUCCCCAGGGCAGCCGAUACAUUCGGAGUCGGGUACGAGAAGAGGAGAGAAAGAAAAGCACAACUGGGUCGAGUCUGUACAAGCACUCCUCUGCUAUGGGGCCCCUGACUAGAGUAACCCUUGGUGAUGGGAUAGUUCUGUUCCUGAUGGUGUAACCCCUAUUCUGUCUACAAGAAACGUACCUACCUUGUCUACACUACAUGGCUCUGAUGUGCGGUCUACAUUCUGGGUCACAAAUCUGCCUGGAUCGGGUCUAUUCUACUGUUUAAUAUGAAAUUCUAAGGUCUGGCCUGCCCACAGUAUGUGCCACGCCAAAAAGGUCCACUUGUUUGGAGGCAUUUUUAUCAUCACGUGCUUUAUAGUGUCGUUUAACUUUUACUGGCCGAGGAGAUAUCAGGUGACGGGAUGGAGAAGCCCACCGAUGUGUGGCGGCCGAGCGCCUGACGAUACGAUUACACCGUUGAAGGACCGGAGAAGCUUCAUCAUUUCCGCCUAUGAGGAUAACAGGAAUAAAAAUAUCAUCAGGAUCUUGGGGAUUGUUCACCAUAAAGAAGUGAAGGAACUCUACUGUUACUUCUGUUGUCAUUCCAACGUCGAAGUGCACACGACCAAAGCUGAGAUUGAUCUCCAUCAGGAUCGGUUUGGUUUUCCUUAUGGUCUGGCCGAUAUCAUCUGCACCGAACCUCCGGACUGUGGGGCGACGUUUGUGUCGGUUCAUUCGUCUCCUUCGGAAAUCGUCCACAAUCUCACCAGCUUCCCAAUCAGAAAUCGGGAGCCCGUUCAAUUUACAGCUAACUUCACCAUCUGCAUCUCCACCAUGCAUGGGAAUUACAGUAACGUCCUACAGUUCAUCCAGACCAUAGAAAUGUAUAAGAUACUGGGCGCCCAAAAAGUCAUGGUCUACCUUAACAACUGCAGCCGACAGAUGGAGGAGGUCCUUCAGUACUACACCAAGGAAGGGACGGUGGAGGUGAUCCCCUGGCACAUUCAGCGAUACCUGAAGAUGUCUAAUAGCUGGCUCUAUCCCAACGAUGACACGGAAAUUGGUUAUUAUGGGCAGAUGUCGACACUAAAUGACUGUAUUUACAGGAACAUGUACUCCAGCAAGUUUGUUGUACUCAAUGACCAGGAUGAAAUCAUUCUGCCCUUCAAGCACCGGACUUGGGACAACAUGAUGGAAAGUCUUCAACGGGAAAACCCAGAUGUGGGAAUCUUCCUCUUUGAAAACCAUAUUUUCCCUCAAACUGCGGUUUCCGAUGGAAAUUUCACCAAUACAUCUUCAUGGAAUGGGGUCCCAGGGUUUAAUUUACUGCAGUUUAUACACCGGGAACCAGACAGACCUGAUCACUUCAAUGCACGGAAGAUGAUAGUGGAUCCGAGGGCGGUGGUCCAAACGUCUGUUCACUCCACCCUGAAACAGUACAGAAACUCUAAAUAUGUCCCCCUAGAAACUGCCCUGGUCUAUCACUGUAGAGGCCCCCUGCAGGCAAAGCUUUCCAGAGCAGCUUUAAUUGAAGAUAAAACCAUUUGGCGGUAUAAUGAUUCCUUGAUUCAGAACGUUAACCAGAUGCUUACAAAAUUUACAGAGGAGCCGUCAUUGAACCCCUAAAGCUACUGACUCUUACUGAGUGUUUGAUUUGGUAUUUGAGGUGUUUAUAUUAUAAUAAUUAUGGGAAUGAA